UUGUGCGCGAUUUCGCUUCGCAUUUCGUUUGUACGUACGUCGCGCUUCGCAGUUCCGAGUGUGUGUUUGCAUUGAAUUGAAUUAACAUCAGGUUCCCGGGCAGCACGCAGAACGCAGAUUUCCCUUUUCCCGGCAGUGCGACAAACAUGCGAUUGGCACAAUGACGACGGACGUAGUGAAAAUAGAACGCACCGGCGUGCCGAUGGCCAUCGACGAGAGCACGAACGAUGCGAGCGGUGCCAGCUUCAGCAGCGUCAGUGGUGGUGGUGGUGGUGGUGCAGCCGGUGUUGGCGGUGGCGGGACCGUCGCCGGAAGCGCAGCCGGAACACCGAGGGAAUCGGCCAAAUCGCAAAACCUGCGCCGCACCCUGGCCAAGCCAGCGAUGGAGAAGGAUAAGUGCAGCUUCCUGAACGAUCUGCAGACAUUUCACGAGAAGCACGGCACACCGUACCUGAAGCUGCCAAAGAUAAGCGGCAAGGAUGUCGAUCUACACAAACUCUACUCGAUCGUUAUUGGUCGGGGCGGAUGGAUGAAGGUAAAUGCUCGCGAAGACUGGGACGAGGUGAUCGAAGAGCUGGAUCUGCCGACCCGGUGUGUAAAUAACGAGAUUGCGCUGAAGCAAAUAUACAUCCGUUACCUGGAUCGGUACGAACGGGUGAAUUUCCACGGCGAGGAUAAAGACCCGGCAGAAGAUGAGGACGACGAGAAGCGGCUUCAUCGGCGCUGGUCGGUCCGAAUGCUACACUCUACCCCGACCGUGUACAACCACCACCAACACAACGUGCCGGAAGGGUUGCGGUCCUCGUUGAAGCUUUCCGACGAUCUCUACCGGGCGUCCGAGUAUGACAAGCUGAUACUGUCGCUGCUGUCGCCGCUACCGAACGAGCAGGACUUUGCCAUCAACGUGUGCACGCUGAUGUCCAACGAGAACAAGCACACGCUCAAGGUGGACAAGUGCCCGCGGCUGGUGUACGUGCUGCUCGCGCAUGCCGGGGUGUUCAAUCACUUCUCGCUGAGGGACACGUUCGACGAGUACUACUCGAACAUUCGCAAGAAUUCCUUGCAGCGCUUCUGGAAGGAGUGUCUGUUCGAGAAGCCGCAAGUGCUGGAAUUGUCGCUGGAGGACUGCUUCGCAAAGAUGGGCGCCGAUCCGAGCGCACUGAUCGCUUCCAUCUAUCAGCAGGACGAGCCGGACGAAGAAAUGGACGGCAAGUCGGGCGGCAACGAUGGUGGUGAAGCAGCAAAGCGUGCCGAUAGCGAUUUUGAAAUCAUGAAGGGACGAUUAAGCACGGCAACGCUUCGUACCUUUCUCAGCCUCGGGACUGGCUUGGGAACGAACGAUUACAUCGGGCAGCGGGUGCUACAGAUCGCGGCCAUUUUCCGGAACUUGAGCUUCAACGAAGAAAAUCUACCCGUACUGGGGCACAAUCGUACGUUCAUUCGCUUUCUGAUCAUGUGUGCCAACUCGCGGUGGAACAAUCUCCACCACCUUGGGCUGGACAUGCUGGGCAACAUUGCGAACGAGAUCGACAUUAACGACCCGCAGUCGGAUGAGGUGACGCGGUGCCUCGUGUCCACGCUGUCCGAAGGGCUGGAGGGUGCCGAUCGGGGCGUCAUCAUCAGCUGCCUGGAGGUGCUGAGCAAGAUCGCCCAGAAGGAGUCCAACGAGGAAAAUCUGAACCGCUGCCUCAACCAGCAGCUGUACGAUCAGAUCUGUUUGUUUCUCUGCCUGAACGACAUCAUGCUGCUGCUGUACACGCUGGAAUGCAUCUACUCGCUCACGUCGAUGGGCGAGAAACCAUGCAACGCGAUCAUGCACAUCCGCGGCGUGAUCGAUACGCUCGUAUCGUUGGUGACGGUGGAGGCCCAAAGCUACGGGCCGGAUGCGUGCAUUCUGAUGCGCGUGGUCGAAACCAUCCCCGGCAAUAUGGCUACCCAUCAUGCGCAGGGAGCGUACUACGCGAAUGCGGCCGGUCAGCCCGGUCAAGCCAAUCCGCCGCCGCCGACGAUGACACAACUUACCGUCCACAAAGACGCCGCACAGGUGCAGAGCGGUGGGCAGGGGCAAGUGGGUAACAAUCCACACGUCGUCUACCCAACACCCGAAGUGCCGAAGCUUCCCUCGCUGACUGUCACCAGCAAACCGGUGCCAUCUUCUCCACAUGUACCGCAGCAGCCGGUGCAACAGCAACAGAUCGUGCUGCAAGCUGGCACGGUGCAGACAGUAACCCAAAGCCACCCCGCGGGUGCUGGUCCCAAUCCCCAAAUCGUUACCGUGACACGUCCACCGGCAGCCGAUUCUCCCCAGAUCCCCGUGAACGUGAUUGCCCGGCCCGAUUCGACAGUGUCGGCAGCGCAGGCUAUGCCAUCGAACCAGCAGACGACGCUUACAGUGAAUGCAUCAUCCCAACCCAACACGAUACAGCAGCAACAAACCAUCACUGUUGGUGGUGGUGGUGUUGGCGUGGUAGUGCAUAGCCCGACCGCAUCGCCGGCAGCUAUCACUGCCAAACACAUCCAGCAGCAGCAGGCGCAGGAAAGCGAGCAGUUUGCCUACGCUUGGCUGCGUGCAUCGUUCGAGGCAGCGCCGGCCGUUCGAAUGGAUCAGCAGGAGCUGUACAAGCUCUAUCUGGCCACCAAUGGGAAGCUGGGCCGUAAGGUGGUGCUUCCCCAAACGCACUUUCCUCGCUGUGUACGGGCCGUUUUCGGUGGAACCGUUGGGCCAGUGCAGCUGAAAAUAGAACAGAAAGGAAUCGAAACGGUUGGAUACUACUACGAAGGAUUACGGCUCCGCGCCAAGCCAUUGCCGAUCGUUCACAAAGGCACUGUGUUGACACCAGCUGUAGAGUCCACUGCAGCUAGUACUACUAGCACUAUCAGUAGCCUCAUCACGUUGACAAAACAAGACGAACAACAACCUCACACCAAACUAACAACCCCAACCAGCGGCUGUACUGCUGUAAUUACCGCCGUCACAACACAGCAUGCUGCGACCACCGUUGGGCGAGAGCUGAGUUUCAGCUCAUCCACUACCGUCAGUACGACAAUCGCUAAACCCGCAACGGUCAUCAGCAAUGCAGGCACCGCUUCUGGACGGACAAUCGUGUCCACUGGGCAAGAAACUUAUCGCUCACUAGAAGUCAUUCAAACAAGCUUAUCCCAAGCAACACCGGCUACCUCCUCUCCUGGAACGUUCCGUUCCUCGUCGGUUAUAGCAAUGGCUCCACCGAGCAGUAACGCUUCGACCCCAGCCACCAUGAAGCAUCAACCACAAACCUCCGGGCAAACGGUAUCCGUACUGCAUAAAACGAUACCGACACCACUUCAGGCGGUCAAAUCGUCACAGCAACAAACGCAACCGCGGGCAGUGUUGCACUUUACACAAGCGCAAUCGGUGAAAACAAUCGAUGGUUCUUCUCUCGGAGGUGCUUCCACGCCUUCGGUGGGCUCGGGUGGGUCCAGUACGAUCGGCAAACAGCUCAUAGUCACCCAAGUUGGGGGCAAAAACGUCCUAAUCAAUAAGGCGGCGGCCGGCCAACAACACCAAUACAUACCGACGACACCUUCGUCGCCGCUGCUCCAGCAAGUCCUUAGCAGCGACCAGAAGAACAACGUGAUCGUGGUAAACCAGACGACCAUUUCCCCACAGCCGGCCGGGUCGCUGCACAGCAGUCCGGGUCCGAGUGCGCAUCUGCAGACCGGCACCGGCACGACGACGAUCAUGAACCAGUCGGGCACGAUCAGCUCGACGACGACGAACCCGUCCGCACUGAUCAAGAGCCUGCUGGCGAACAAGGUAACGACGGCGGUCACCGAUAGUACGCUCUCCGCUGCUACCGCUGGUUCCGCUGCUGCUGCCGCUGCUGCUCCUUACUCCAGUAGUUUGUCCACUACUACCAUCACCAACUCUCCUACUACCAAUUGUUUGAUUGCACCGAAUGUUAACGUGCAUCAGGUCGUCCAGAGGCAGCAGAUGCAGAAGCAAAAGCAACUGAUCGAACAGAAGCUGCUUUCCAACAGCCCCAUCAAUCCGUCGGUCGUCGUUACGUCGAACAAUCCGAACAAUCUCACCAACAUCAAGGUGGGCAACUCGACCAUCUCGAUCAAGCCGGGCACGCUGCCCACCAACACGGUCAUAACGGCAACCAAUCCGCACGAAACAUCGUUUAACGCACCGCCACCGCUGGCACCGCUCAGCCAGACGGGCAUCCAGCAGGGCACGAUCAUCAAAACGAUUGCGGCCGCCCCGCACGAUCCGUCCCAGCACCAUAUGGGGUCGCCGGGCGGUAGUAAGCUGCUGCCCAACAAGGUACUGUCGGAGCUGCUGGAAAAGAAGCCGGGCGAAAUGAUCAUUGCCGGCGAGACCACGAUUAAGCGCAAGUACGACGUGACGGACACAUCGAUGGAGCCGCCCGUAAAGCGCAUGGAAGGUGGCACGAAAACAGCCGACCUGUACGCCGAGCUGGCCGGCUCGAUAACGGAGGGGGAGGAUGUGGAGGAGCAGACAACAGCAACAGCAGCAGCAGCAGCGCAAGAAGCGGAACAGCAAGCGGCUAAGCUUAAGCUGCAACAAAUAGCGCAACAGCAGCAACAACAACAACAACAACACCUCGUGCAACAGCAGCACCAGCAACAGCAGCAGCAACAACAACAGCAACAACAACAGCAACAACAAAUGAUAACGAUGCCCGUAUCGAUGCAGCGACAGAUCAUCGUUACGCCCAACAGUGCCCAGCCGAUGAUCAUCUCCACACCCACCGCAAACGUGGGCAGCAAUCCGGUCCAGCAGCAGCAACAACAGCAGCUAACGUCGCAAACGACGGCCACCAUCAAGACGGACAGUGGCUACCAAACCGUACCGAUCAUACUGCAGCACAAUGCGAUGGGUGGUGGUGGCACGCUGCAGCUACAGAAGGCGACGGCAGCGCCGGGCGGAGCGCUCAUGCAAUCCUCCGUACUGGCUGCCCCGCAGCAUCCGCAACCGACGCAGUACAUCCUUGCCACCAACCCUCAAGGACAGACGUACGUGGUGGCCCAGCAGCCACAACCGCAGCCCCAGCUGCAGCAAACGGUACUGCUCGCCCAGGGCCAACAGCACGGCGGCACUGGACAAAAGACGAUCAUCAUCGUGCAGCAGCAGCCGCAGCAGCAGCAGCCAACCGCCACGUCCCUUCCGCAAAUGACGAUGCAGAGCGCGAUGGGCCCGAAUCAGGGUGGGCAAACGACGCAGAAGAUUUUCCUCAACCAGCAGGGCCAGCAGAUACUGAUGACGCAGCUCCCGCGCCAGAUGAUCGUAAGCCACGCGGGGCCAUCGGUGUCCGGUGGUGCCACGAUCAUCACAUCCAGCGCUCCGACGAUGAUGCCGGGCAGCAACACCGGUACCACGAUGAUUGCAACGGGCGGGGGCGGUGGUGCCGUUGGUGGUGGUGGCACCAUCAUCGAAAAGAAACCGAUCUACAUCACCACGAAUGCACAGGGCAAUACGAUCAGCUUCGAGGGGCCACCGCAGCAGCUGCAGAUGCAAACGAUACAGGCCGGAAGUGCGGUCGGCGGCGGUGGUGGUGGUACGUACCAGAUCAAACAGUACGGAAAUGUGCAGCAGCAGCAGCAGCAACAGCAGCAGCACAUUAUUCAACAGGCGAAUCUUUCGACCGGAGGGCCCGUCGGUCAGCAGACGAUUCAGUUCAUCCAGCAGCCCGGUACGGUCGUACAGACGCAAGGGCAUCUAGCCUCGGCAGCGCAAAGCAUGCAACCGCAGCAAAUUGUGUUCCAAACGCAUGGCGGAGGAACGGGCAGCGGUACCGCGCAGAUCAUCCAGCAACAAAUCAUUCAAGCGGCACCGUCGGGCCAGCACGCAGGCCAACAUAUCGUCCAGAAAGUGUUGCACCAACAGCAACCGACCCAGCAGCAGCAGCAGCAACACCAUCUAAUACACACCAUCAAGGGGAACCAGUCACAAAUGAUAACCGUGCAGCAGCAGAAACAGCCCAUGGCAACCAUUACGUCGCAGCAGGCGCAUCCGCAACCGUCAACCUCACAGUUGCCAUCGACACUUUCGAUCCAGCGGCAAACGGUCGGCGGUAGUUCACUGUCGCAGACGCUCGUUCCACCCAAACCUGUGCCCGUACCGAAUGUGGGCCCCACGGUAGUGUCUUCGGCGCCUCCUGCACCUACACCCGGCCUUCCGGGUGGCAAGCAGCAAUACUUUCAGGUGGUGCAGCAGAAAAUAUCUCCCGCACCAUCGCAGGGAGCAGGCGGCGGCAACACUGCGCAGCAGGGUACUCAACAGCAUCUUCGACACAUGGCGGGCCCAAGUGGCUCUACCGUCACGUCGCAGGGUGGUCAGCAGUCGCUAGUGCCCUCAAUAACGGUUACAGCGAUUCCGGCACAUUCGGCAACAACACCAACCACCACCAGCACGAUCACGAGCGGACAGUUCGCCGCGUCCCUUAUGGCCCAGGCAGCCGGACUAAACGUCCCCGUUACAACGACUACGUCAGCAACAGUAUCAGCAGCCACAGCGUCCUCUAUAUCCACUUCUUCUGUCCCUGCUGCUGUUUCUGCUCAACCAACAGUAACAGCGCAACCGCCAGCACCACCACCACCACCACCGAUUGCGAACACAAUCACGAUUCCGGUGUCGGUUGCGACGGCCAACGGCGGUACGUCCACCUCCAUCCAGAUGAUCCCUGCUAUGGACCCGCAAAAGAUCGUCGACGAGGACGUCGAUCCGAGCUGGCCGUGGGUGUGCGAUUGGCGCGGCUGCCCGAGGAAAAAGUUCCAGUCCGCGACGGAGGUGUUCCGGCACGCCUGCACCGUCCACUGUCCCGAUACGGUGGAUGUGUCCGCCGACAUCUACUGCCAGUGGGGCCCCGGGCCGAAUUUGUGCGACAAUUUGCCGCGCAAGCGGUUCUCCCUCAUGACGCAUCUGCUCGAUCGGCACUGCACGGCGGAUUCAUUUAAAACGGCCGUACAAAGACGUCUUGCCGGUGGUCCACAGCAACCGGUACAACCGUACCCGGUGACUCUGAUACGUCAGCCAGCACCGGCCAAUGCAGCGAUCGCAAACAGUAGCAGUGCAUCGGCAGCACCGUCAUCGGCGGGUGAUCGAGGAUCUCCGGCACCGGCCUCCUGCACCAAGGUGGAGUCGACCGGUGGCACAUCGGAGGGCAGCAGCGGCAGCGGCAGCAGCAGCAUGAACGGACCCGGUCAACUGUCGGCAGCGGGCCCGGCAGCGAUGCAUGCCAUCAAGCGCUACUCAAUGGAUUACGUCAACUCGAAGGAAUUCCAGGAUGAAAUGGAAGGUCCUGUGACGAAAAGUAUUCGGCUCACGUCCGCCCUGAUCCUGCGGAAUCUGGUUGUUUACACAAAUUCCGCCAAAAGAAGCCUUCGUAUGUACGAAGCACACCUGGCCGGUGUCGCACUUAGCAAUGUCGAGUCGAGCCGCACGGUAGCGCAGCUACUGUUUGAAAUGAACGACACGGGGCCCAACUACUGAGAACCGUCGAUCUCUGCUGCACCCAGAUCCCAGAGGUAUUAAAGGAAUUUCAACGCUGAUGACGACGUUAUUUUAAUGUUAAACUAUGCAUUUUAUCUUAUUCUUAACGUGUUGCUGAUGCACGCGAGAAACACGCAAAAUAAGAAGCGAGCCUUAUGAAACACAUUUCUUCUUUUCGUUUACCGCACACCAUUGCGUCGUUGAGGUUGCGUUUGUAAAAUAUAAAGUGCAUGUUUCUUUUUUUUUUUUACACAGAUGCGUACUAUUAUAAGCUAGCAGAGUAUCAAAGAACUUCAAGUCAAAGUAUAAUAAAAAAAACGGGAAUAACACA